AUGUCUUGCUCCGACUGCUUCAGCGGCCACAUCCACCCGGAUACCCCAACAGGAAAGAGCGACACCAUCCACGGCGUACCAACCUACAUCGCCAGUCCAGGUGAGGGAGUCGAGCCCAAGGGCCUGGUUGUCAUCGUCAGUGAUGCGUUUGGUUGGGACUUUGUGAACACGCGUUUGUUGGCGGAUUGGUAUGCAGCCAAGGGGGGAUUCUUGGUUUACUUGCCAGAUUUUAUGAGAGGUAUGUUUGAAUUCUUGUUUUUCUCUUGUCUGGGUUGGCGAUGGUAGGGUAAGAGAAUGUUGGUUUGGGAUUGAUUACGCUAGCUAUAGCAAAGGAGGGGAAGAAAGUUGAAUUUGAAAGAGGAAAGCUGAUAUAUAUCACAGGUCACGCAUUGAAGCCAGCAAGCAUGGAAGCAACUAAGAAGAUCAAGGCACCUGCCAACUGGUUCACAACCAUCGUCUAUAAACCAAUCGUAAGUCACCCUCUCAACCCCUCCCUCUCCUAUUCCCACCAAGAAACCCUUAACUAACAAAACCCCCCUACAAACAGUGGCUCGUCCAAUCAAUGAUCACCUUACUCCCAUGGGUCCUCCACACCUGCGCCGGCGUAACAACCCCCAUCAUCACCACCUUCCUAACCGCCAUCCGUACCAGCGCCCCCCCUUUCGCAACCGACAACCUCAAGAUCGGCGUCGCAGGAUUCUGCUGGGGCGGUCGGCACGCAUUCCUUCUCUCCGCCAAUGACCCCAAGACCCACGUCGUCCGUUAUGGCUCCCACCCCUCAGCAGCUAAGCAACCGUUGAUUGAAUGUGCUUUCACUGCUCAUCCUUCAAUGUUGAAGCUCCCCUCUGAGGUUGAGAACGCGCAAUUGCCUAUUAGCAUGUGUGUUGGAGAUGUUGAUAUGAUGCUCACUAGGGAACAGAUCUUGAAGAUCAAGGACAUGCUUGAGGUGAAGAAUAAGAAGAAGGGAGAUCAUGAGGUUGUCAUCAUUCCAGGUGCGAAGCAUGGUUUUGCAGUCAGAAUGGACCCUGAGGAUGCGUUUAUGGUGGAGUGCUCGGUUAAGGCUGAGGAGCAGGCCAUCAAGUGGUUUACAAAGUGGUUGGCCUAA